AAUACAAGGCAGAGGAUCUCAACCGAGUGCUGCAGAGGUUUUAACCCCAAACACAGGAAAGCAAGAGGGCCGAAAGAAGAAGAGGAAGUUUCAGCUUCGUGACGGUUUGCAGGAUGGGAAACAGUAAGAGCAGCGCUUUGUCAAAGGAGCUCCUGGAAGAUCUUAAAUCCAACACGAAAUACUCCGAGACCGAGCUGUGCACCUGGUACCAGUCCUUUCUGAAGGAGUGUCCCAGCGGGAAGAUCAGCAAGGAGCAGUUUGAAGGCAUCUACGCCAGCUUCUUCCCAAAUGCAGACCCCACAGAGUACGCACGGCACGUAUUCAGGAGCUUUGAUACCAACGCAGAUGGCACUCUGGACUUUAAGGAGUACAUAGUCGCGCUGCACCUCACAUCCGGGGGAAAGACUCUGCAGAAGCUGGAGUGGGCCUUUGCCCUGUACGACGUGGACGGGAAUGGAACCAUCAGCAAUAAUGAAAUCCUAGAGAUUGUCCGGUCAAUAUUCAACAUGAUUCCUGCUGAAGACCAGAAGAACCUCCCUGAGGACGAAAACACACCAGAGAAACGGGCUGAAAAAAUCUGGGAAUUCUUUGGGAAGAAGGAAAACGAUAAAAUCUCAGAGGGGGAGUUCAUUCAGGGUGUGAUGGACAACAAGGACAUCCUGCGGUUGAUACAAUAUGAUGAGCCUCAGAAAAUCAAAGACAAGCUGAAAGAGAAGAAGCAAUAGUAUAUGAGCUUAAAAAGUGGUAAAAGCCUCCUUCAUGUGGUUUUAAGACUGUUUUAUUUUUCUGUUUAAAUCUAACCUGAUCUGGCUGUUUGUCUGCUUCACCUACAUCUCCCUCUUUUUUUAUUUCACUCAUUCAUGGACUGCAUUUUUUGUGUUUGUACCCAGAAAGUAAUUAGUUAAUUGCAUUUAUUACUAGAAAACAGAAACAGAGGAACUCUAAAAAUGACAAUUAAAGUCCUGAGUAUGAAACUUUUUGCAGUUACACUGUGUUUUACACUGUAGAAAUGCAGUUAACUACAUAUUUGCUCAAACUUUACAUUACAAAGAAAUGACCGUAUCAUACUGUACCAGUGAAUGUAUAUUUUUGGGAAAAGGGUUAUAAGAACUAACAGAGAUAAAAGAAAAAACAAACUGCAGCGGCCACACUCUAGCUAGUUAAGGCUAGCUAGUAUGCUAUUAGCAAAAAAUUAGCCAAAGCUAACUUACCCAUUUAUAAUUCCUGUUUCCUGGAAAUAAAACAUCAGCUUGAAUGCUCAGUAAUCUUAGUAGCUGUUAUACCAAAUAAAUUAGAUGACAGGUAUAUCUUAAAAUCAUAAUUAAGAACAAAAACACCAGAUAACCUGGUCCUGCUAAACGCUAACUAGCCUAGCUAGCAGAGUAGCUGUAACUGCCUCUGACUGCAG